AUCAGAGCAUCACUCACCUGCUGAGAACAUCAACAUGAAUCGUGUGUUUCUGGUCCUGGGCUUCGUCCUGAUCAUGGCGCUCUACUCAGAUGCUAACUUAGAAGCUAUGAAAGUUAUGGGAGAAGUCGAGCCUUGCUGUUUCAGCUACUUCAUUGGAAAAAUUCCUCCCAAACAAAUCCUGCAGGUUAAUCCGACAGGCUCACACUGUCCACAGAAAGGUUUCAUUGUUACUACUCCUAAAUAUCCCAAUCUGUGUGUUCGUGAAGUCAUCAUCAAUGGACAACGCGUUACACCUUAAGGCUGCAGCUCAAAUCACACUGCAACAAACAGAUACAUUAACACACACACACUCACACACACACACACACACACACACACACACACACACACACACAUGAAUGCACGCAUGCACACAAUCACACACAUACACAAAGAAACACACACUUAUUUACUAAAGUUUAAGCUUAGCCAUUUCUUCACCACAUUUGUCAACCAUUUAUUAUGAUGCUUAAUGUUGUUAUUGUUGCUUAAUGCAGUGCAGAUUCAAAUAAA